AUGGUCAAAGCGUGGUACAUGGAUAAUGACUUCAGUGAUCAACGUUUGGAACAUCACCGGAACCCUCCAGAAUUUGUGUCGCUGGAUGAUUUGUAUAAAAAAACCGGUGUUGAAUAUUUCAAUAUAAACAUUAAUACAUUUGCAACAGACGGUGUUUUGGAUAAAAUAAAAAAAGACAGGGGGUACACAUAUGAAGAUGAAAUAGUAUGCUCAAAAGAAUGCCUUCCAAACUAUGAAGAAAAGAUUAAGUCGUUUUUUGAGGAGCAUCUCCAUACAGAUGAAGAGAUAAGGUUUGUCCUGGAUGGUUCAGGCUACUUUGAUGUAAGAGAUGCAAGUGACCAGUGGAUUCGUAUAGCCGUUUCAGCCGGAGACAUGAUUGUCAUCCCUAGUGGCAUUUAUCAUCGAUUCACACUUGACACUAAUAAUUUCAUCCGAGCCAAGCGUUUCUUCAUCGGUGAGCCAGUGUGGUUGCCAUAUAACCGACCAGCGGAUGACAUGCCCUGCAGGAAAGAUUACCUCCACAAACUAGAGAAAGGAUUUGUUGAAGUUAAUUGA